AUGAAGAACCUUCCAUUUCUGCUGUUACUAUGUGCAACAUCUUGUGCUUUUCCUAUACAUCCAAAAAGAAAAGCAGAAGAAGAUACAAAGCUUGUUCAGAAGUACCUGGAAAAUUACUACAGCCUUAAGACAGAUGGGAAGCCUGUUUUACGAUGGAAAAGUGACAGUCCUAUGGUCAACAAAAUCAAAGAAAUGCAGGAAUUCAUCGGAUUGGAAGUGACUGGGAAAUUUGAUUCUAACACUUUGGAGGUGAUGCAGAAACCCCGGUGUGGAGUCCCUGAUAUUGCUGAUUUCUCCACCUUUGCAGGACAACCAAAAUGGGGGAAAAGAAAACUAACAUACAGGAUUUUGAACUAUACACCAGACAUGGCUCAAGUUGAUGUAGAUGCAGCCAUCAAGAAAGCUUUUACAGUCUGGAGCAAAGUGAUCCCAUUGACAUUUAACCGGGUUGACAGAGGUGAUGCAGAUAUAUUGAUCUCCUUUGCAGCCAGAGUUCACAAUGAUUUCAAUCCCUUUGAUGGUCCUGGUGGGACUGUUGCUCAUGCCUAUGCACCUGGCAAUGGUCUUGGUGGAGAUGCUCACUUUGAUGAGGAUGAAGACUGGACCAAAGGCUCACAGGGUUCCAACUUGUUUUUCGUGGCUGCGCAUGAGUUUGGCCAUUCUCUGGGACUCUUCCAUUCUAGACACCCUGAUUCACUGAUGUACCCAGUUUACAGAUACUUUGAUUCCAAGACUUUCCGUCUUCAUCAGGAUGAUAUUAAUGGCAUUCAAUACCUCUAUGGACCUUCAUCUAACCCCCCUGAAGAUCCAACAGAAUCUAUGGUCUCCAUAGAACCCAUGGAGCCAACAGAACCUCUACCACCAAACACCUGUGGCUCUAAACUGACUUUCGAUGCCGUCACCACUUUCCGAGGAGAAAUAAUGUUCUUUAAAGACAAGUACUUCUGGCGGAAACACCCUACAAGCAGAGAAGUUGACUUUAAUUUAAUAUCUUCAUUCUGGUCACCUCUGCCAUCUGGCUUGGAUGCUGCCUAUGAAAUUACGGACAAAGAUGAGACCCUUAUUUUUAAAGGAAAUGAAUUCUGGAUUGUCAAAGGAGAUACUAUACUGUCUGGAUACCCAAAGAAAAUCCGUGACUUGGGCUUCUCAAAGGGUGUGAAGAAAAUUGAUGCAGCUCUUUAUAAUGCAAAUAAAGGGGAAACAUACUACUUUGUGUCUAACAAGUAUUGGAGUUAUGAUGAAAGAAGACAGUCCAUGGACAAGAAGCCAAAGCUGAUAAAAGAUGAAUUUCCAGGAAUUAAUGGGAAGAUUGAUGCUGUUUUCCAGUAUAAAAGAUACAUCUAUUUCUUUCAAGGAAGAAGACAGUUCCAGUUUGAUCCUAACAUCAAGAGAGUUGUCAGUGUCAUGAAAAGCAAUAGCUGGUUUAAUUGCUGAUUAAUUCCAUUGAUUUCCUUCUUGUUUAUUGUUAUUGUUUUAUACGCAGUAUUAUUAAUCUAUUAAUAGAUGUUAAAA